AGCCAGAGAGCCAACCCUGACUCGAUGUCAGGGGCUGUCUACCUGCAAGGUGCGCCAAGAUGAUGGGCAUGAACGCCAAGCAGCCGUUCGGCAUGCACCCGGCCCUGCAGGAAGCCAAGUACUCUAGCUCGGAGGCGAUGCGCCGCGUGUGCCUCCCAGCCCCGCAGCUCCAGGGCAAUAUAUUUGGAAGCUUUGAUGAGAGUCUGCUGGCCCGGGCUGAAGCCUUGGCGGCUGUGGAUCUGGUCUCCCACGGCAAGAGCCACCCUUUCAAGCCAGACACCACUUACCAUACCAUGAGCAGCGUCCCCUGCACCUCUACUUCGUCGCCCACCGUGCCCAUCUCGGCCCCAGUUCACCAUCACCACCACCACCAUCACCAUGCUGUGGCGCACCAAGGCCUGGACGGGGACCUCCUGGAUCACCUCUCGCCCGCGCUGCUUGGAGGGCCCGAGCACGGCGCGGUUAUGGCCGCACCAAUCCACCCCCAUGCCCAUGCCCACCCCCACUUGGGGGCGGCCAUGGGCCACCUGCAUCAAGCCAUGGCUAGCAUGAGCCACCCGCCGCCGCCUCCUCCUCCUCCUCCUCCUUCCGCAGCCUCGCAGGUCUCAGUAUCUCACAGCGGGCUGGCCUGCAUCAGCGACGUUGAGUCGGAUCCCCGGGAGCUGGAGGCGUUCGCCGAGCGCUUCAAACAGAGGCGGAUCAAGCUCGGCGUCACCCAGGCCGACGUGGGCGCGGCGCUGGCCAACCUCAAGAUCCCGGGCGUGGGCUCGCUGAGCCAGAGCACCAUCUGCAGGUUCGAGUCGCUCACUCUGUCGCACAACAACAUGAUUGCCCUCAAGCCGGUCCUGCAAGCGUGGCUGGAAGAGGCGGAAGCCGCCCACCGCGAGAAGAACGCCAAGCCCGAGCUCUUUAACUGCGCCGAGCGAAAGCGCAAGAGGACCUCUAUCGCGGCGCCGGAGAAGCGCUCGCUGGAAGCCUAUUUCGCCAUCCAGCCGCGACCCUCGUCCGAGAAGAUCGCCGCCAUCGCCGAGAAGCUGGACUUGAAAAAAAACGUGGUGAGAGUCUGGUUCUGCAACCAGAGACAGAAACAAAAGCGCAUGAAGUACUCCGCGGUGCAUUGAGGCACCUGCCCGGCCGGCUGCCCACUCUGUCGGACCACGAGACCUAUACCUAGCACACACUACACAUGCACACACACAGUAGACAAACAUUGCUCUACCCAAAAGAUCAAAACAAAACCCGACAAACUAUUAACAGAGAACUCUGUGGGGAUCGCCAGACCAAGUAACCGAGCCACUGAGAUGAAAUACCUCUCCCCCUUUCCUUCGGCUGGCCAUCCGCCGCUGGAUCAAGUUUUGCCCAGCCUUCUGUUACGCUUCUCUGCAAAACCAACUGGCCCAAACAAGGGAAAGAGAAGAAAACGUCCAUUCCCUAUACCCUUUCCUUUGUCAACCCAUUUGUUCUUCUGGGUUGACAUUCUCCUGACUUGUGUUUUUGUGCACUGGAGUGUCUUGACGUUUGUCGCUUUUGCAGGAAGAGUUGACAUUGGAGAGGUACUAUUUUUUUUAAGGCAAAAAAGAGAUAUAACCGUAGAUACCGUUUGGAGAUGAACUUAAUUACAUUUAUACUGUGGGGAGGGGGGAGGGAAGGUGCCUAUAAAAUAAUGAAGAUUUAUUUAUUGAGAUUAUAUGGGGGGGGGCAGAAGACUAUUUUACAAAAAUUGUAAAUUCAAGCUUAGAUUAAUUUGCAUUGAUUCAUCACCUUUUACUUGUUUAGUCAACUGCAUGCUGUGUGAGAUCAACAGAAAUGCUUAAACGCUUUCUUAAAAGGAAAAAAAAGAGCUUUCUUUUUGGUGCAACUAAUAACUGGACCGUGUGUCUGAUCAUUCUUAUUAACACAGAGGGGAAGAGUUCCAGUUAAACUUACUUGUUUUCUUGAAAGGAAGGUGAAGGGAACAAAGGAUAUUUGAAAUAAACCUGCCCUGAAUCAAAACAUUUUGUUAGAAUAACCAAAAGGAUGACACGCGUACUCUAAGCACUUUCACAGGUUAACAGUUUAUUUUCAUGUCAGUGUUUUUUAAAAUACCCCUCAGCUCAUAAGCAGGCUUGUUGCCAUUGACUUCUCUGAGGUAAAUGCGAUCUUUAUUCUUAUUUAUUAAAUUCAGUCCAAUUGAAAGGAAGCACCCCUAUGGCUUUUUUAUUUUUUUUUUUAAAAGUCAAGGCUGCAUGUGCACAGGACAAUCUACACAACUGAGGAGAUUACGGAAGUGUGACUUUAGUAAACCUUCUCUUCUUAAAACCUUGCCUCUUUCCAUGGACUUUGCAGAUUAGCUUCUGUUUUUUAACCGGAUCACCAAACAUUCCAACAGGACUAUGGAAUUGCAUGGUUGCACUCGUGUUUGCCUGGAGAGGAUUCUUUUAAAAUAAAUACCUAUUGUCCUUCUUCCACCCCUAAAAAAAAAAAAGAAAUUAAAAGCUUUUUUCUGCACUAAGGGCUUCUUUUUUCGUCAAAUGUCUCCUGAAAUUUUAUACUCCAAGACUGUAAUUUGGGCAUUUUGUGCACUUCUUUAUCGACUUCAUUCACCCUUCCCUCU